AUGAGAUUAUUGAUUGUCAUUGAAUUCGAUGAUCUAAACAUUUGCAAUGUUAUUCGGAAGGGAUUGGAUGUUGACAUUGCUGGAGAACCGUUCGUUCGAAAAAAGAUUCCUCUUGAUGAAUUAUUAAUUGAAGAAUUAUUAGAUUUUUCAACAUUAACAUGUCCAAAUUUAGCUAAAUCGUGGUUUAGAUUUGCUGAUUGUGCUUAUCUUUGGGGAAGACAAUUACUUGCUCGAUCUAUACCAUUAUCUUCAUUGAAUCUUGGGCAACAAGUUCGCUCAAUACUUCCAUCGGUUUGUUCAUUUUAUUUUCAAAUGACGGUUUCUGAAUUAUCUUCACUUCAUUCCUAUCGUACAGAUUUAUCACGUGCUUGUUCAUUACUUACAAAACAUCCAAUGUUAAUCGAACAAUUACUUCCUCAACAAUUAUAUCAUCCUGAUGGUUUUUUGAGAGAUUAUGCUACUAAUUUGUUGAUACGUAUAGCAAAAGAUUUUCCACAAUUAAUUCUCUAUUCAGUUGUUGUUGAAAUAACGGAUGAUUCAAAAAUGAGACGAAUAAAAUCAAGAGAUGAUAAUAUUUAUCAGAGAAAAUCUGCGAGUACACAUGAAUCAGAAGAUGAUAUCGAUGAAGACGACGAAGAAGAUGAUAUUGAAAAACAAGAAAAUGCUGUUGCUAUGAAAAUAGUUUUCGAUGAAUUUAUAAUACGUGUUGAUGGCCUUAAAGAUGAACUUCAACGUCUUGAAUCUAUGUCUAUGACACAUUUAGCAAAGGAAGAAAAAGAAUUUCUAAUUAAAGAAAAACAAGAUGUUUUAUUCAAAUCUGUAAGUUUUUAUAGUUAACCCUAACUAAAACUUUUCUUUCUAUUUUUCUAUUCAGUUUAAUACUGUUCUUUUUUUUUUGUCAUUUAAGAUUUUAUUUGUUCCUUUAAAGGUUAACAAAUUAGACACACAAUGAGUUACAAAAAUAUUUAGUAAAAAAUUUUACAAGAUACAUUUGAUUUGAUUUUUAGAAU